UCCUGUGCAAUACUUGGUUCAGGUUUGUGCUGGCUAAUCCCGGCCUCAUCCGGCUCCGCGGACGGCUGCUCCUCCCGCCUCCGCCCCUCCUCCCGCUCCAGUGUUCCUGCCCGAGCCUGCAGCGGGACAGAAUGUGGCGCCCGUCGAGGAGGGAUCUGCUCUCGUCCCAAACUUCCCAAGUCUCUUUGACGAGCGCGGACCUUUCUUUCUCUUUCAUGCUCCGAGCGCCGACCAAGCAGUUGGAUUGAUACCGGUGUGGGAUGUACCAGGCCCGGGCGGUACAGAAAGGUCCUGCUGAGCCCACUGGAGCCGGCGCCUCUGGACUGGGGUGCAGCUGAAGCGCUGCAGGCGCGCCAGCCUGUUCUGUUCACUGUCUGUCACCUGAAGAUGAACAAACUGAACUUCAGCAACAACAGAGCCAUGCAGGACCGUCGCUGUGUCUGUGUCUUUCUGCCCAACGAUGACACUCUCAAUGUUAUUGUCAAUGUGAAGACGUUGUGCCAGGAACUGUUGGUCCAGGUGUGUGACCUGCUGAGGCUGAAGGACUGUCACCUGUUUGGACUCAGUGUCAUUCAGAACAAUGAGCACAUUUACAUGGAGCUGGACCAGAAGCUGUCCAAGUACUGUCCCAAAGAAUGGAAGAGAGAAGCCAGCAAGGGCAUCGAUCAGUUUGGCCCCCCGAUGAUCAUCCACUUCAGAGCGCAGUACUAUGUGGAGAACGGGCGGCUGAUCAGUGACCGGGCGGCCAGGUACUACUACUACUGGCACCUGAGGAAACAGGUGCUUCUGUCCCAGUGUAUCCAGAGGGAGGAGGCCUACUUCCUGUUGGCCGCCUUCGCCUUGCAGGCCGACCUCGGGAACUUCAAGCGGAACAAGCACUUUGGGAAGUACUUUGAACCCGAGGCCUACUUCCCCUCCUGGGUGAUCACCAAGCGGGGCCGGGACUACAUCCUGAGACACAUCCCCAACAUGCACAAAGACCAGUUUGCUCUCACGGCGUCCGAGGCCCAUCUGAAGUACAUCAAAGAGUGCGCCCAGCUGGAUGAUGUCACCGUGCACUACUACAGGCUCUACAAGGACAAGAAGGAAGUGGAGGCAUCUCUGACCUUAGGCCUGACUCUGCGUGGAAUCCAGAUCUUCCAGAACGUCGGCUCUGUGCGGCAGCUGCUCUACGACUUCCCGUGGACCAACGUGGGCAAGCUGGUGUUUGUGGGGAAGAAGUUUGAGAUCCUCCCUGACGGCCUGCCCUCAGCCAGGAAGCUCAUCUACUACACGGGAUGUCCGCUGCGCUCGCGCCACCUGCUCCAGCUGCUGAGCAACAGCCACCGCCUCUACAUGAACCUGCAGCCUGUGCUCAAGCAAGUGCGCCGCCUUGAGGAGAGCGAAGAGAAGAAGCAGUACCGGGAGUCCUACAUCAGCGACGCGCUGGAGCUGGACAUGGAGCAGCUGGAGCAGCGCUCCCGAGCCAGCGGCAGCAGCGCCGGCAGCGCCGCCCACCGCAAGCGCCUCUCCCGCCACUCCACCGCCAGCCACGGCAGCUCGCACACCUCCGGCAUCGAGUCGGACAGCUUCCGGGCCCCGGGCCGUCCGCCCCACCGGGCCCUGCGCACCUGCAGCUCCUCCACCGCCAGCCACGGCAGCUCGCACACCUCCGGCGUCGAGAGCGGCGGCAAGGAGCGCGUCCUGGACGACGAAGAGAUCGAGAUGCUGGUGGACGACCCCAAAGACUACGAGGAGCUGAGUGAGAUGGUGCUGGACCAGGAGCUGUGCAUCCACAUCACAGAGGACAUGCUGACCAUGUCACCCGACCCCACCAACGGCUACUCCGGUCUCAUCGUGAAGGACGUCAGCUCGUCCACUUCCAGCUCCUCGGAGACGGUGGUCAAGAUGAGAGGCCAAAGCAUCGAGUCGCUCCCCCAGACGUCGGCGUGCAGGAAACCUCCGUCCUCCACCGACAGACACAGCCAGUCCCUGGACGACAUCCGCCUCUACCAGAAGGACUGUCUCCAGUGGACGGAGCUCUGCCAGGACACGGCGCACAGCUACACCUUCGGCUGCGCUCGGGAGCUCAGCGACGGCUGCGGGCGCCAGGGUCUGGCCGAGCAGUGCGCCCGCACCCCCUUCCCCAUCAAGAGAACCAGCAAGUACUUCUCCCUGGACCUGACCACGGACGAGGUGCCCGAGUUCGUGGUGUGAGCGGGCGGUUUAGUGUGGGGAGCGCGGAACCAAAGACAGUUCAGAUCUGGCAGCUCCGGCGCCACCUCGCCGACCCACGUGCCUUCAUGAUGCUAUGCAGGACAAUCCUCAGCCAGCUGGCCUCGUGGCUCUGGGGCUCCCAGCA